AUGAGUCAAACUGGAGGAUCUUCAUCUUCUCAUUCAGUGGCGUUUAGGGUUAUGCGACUUUGCCGUUCAUCCUUCAAUGUCGAUCCUCCCCUUUGUAUCGAUCCCGACGACCUCUUCGUCGGUGAAGACCACUUCGACGUUCCCUCCGCCCCUUCCGCCGCAGACCUCAUCGCUCCCGAUUCCAAUCUCAGUUAUCGCGACCGCUUCCUCCUUCAUCACUUCUCCGAUUCCAUGGGUCUCUCUGGCCUCCUCGUUCUCCCUCAGCCCUUCGGAGCAAUUUACUUGGGAGAAACUUUCUGA